CUGUGUUUGAGUAUUUGCUAAUAAAGGCCAAAUUUCGCCAAACGCUUCAUACAUAUAAAAGGACGUUCUUUUCCCUAUCUACUAAGUAUACUUUUAGCCAUUGUGGAAUGAAAUUCACAUUUAAUGGUUCAAUAUUUUAUGGAGCUGAUAAAAAAACGAUUAUUUUGUGAAUUUGUGGCUGAUGCGUAAUAUUGUGCUAGAAUGUUUUUUUGUUUUUACUUUCGCAUAUAUUAAUUGAAAAGAAAGGUGAAGUGCCGACGGAAAGAGUGGACUAUAGGUGAACGUUAACACUUAAAACAGCUGAUAUCAAUUGUCACUUCGUGCAUAUGGAAUAUGAUAGAGAGUGAAACAGCAUGUUCUUUAGAGGAGUGUAACAUCAAAUGAAACUGGUAUAAAAUAACCCAAAACAAAAGCGCGCGAAGGGGAAGAAAAUUCGCGCCAAUUACCACUACUUGUAUAGUCAGUUAUCAAGGUUCAUUAUUGCAGAAAAUAAUAAUAAUUUCUAAAUGGAUGCAUUUAUCUAAUAAUGUUGAGCUGUAUAGUUGUUGGGUAAAUAAGAGGAUAACAUACUUUAAAUUAAUAAGUGCGUUUUAUGUGCAUUUGUAUAUCUACAUGUGACAUGCAGUAGUCACACACAUACACACUUGCAACGUAUGUGCACAUUUGCAAAGAGUGGUGUUCGACUCAUUCUGUGAAUGCUUUUGGAGGGAAAAUUCGUGUCAGUCAGAAAUUGAGCGGGAUAAAGUAAAGACGUGUAAGUUGUUAAUGUGCUACAGACCAUUGAUAAGAAGACGUGCGUUUUUUGUGAAAUUUCAAAUAUUAAGAGGAUAUUAAAUAUAGAUUAAAACAAAUUUAUACAAAUACAUUAUGUCGCAGCCAUCAAUUGCUUCGUUUUUUAAUACGCGUAAGCGAGUAGCGGCAGAUGAAGCGGCUACCAUUAAAAGUCGGCGUUUAACAGAUGACAAUGCAUCGGCUAUCUCCUCUCCUGCUCUCGGUGCUGCGGGAACACCAAGUGAUGGAGACGACAUUGCCGCCAUCAAAGCAGCGGCAAUGGGUGUACGGACUCGAUCCGGACGCACCAUUAAGCGUACAGGUAUUCAACAGACAACCGAAGUGCCUGUUAAAAAACAGAGCAAACUGGACCAGGCUCCAUUACAGCAACAAAAACUUGUACAAUUCAUAAAAAAGGGACCAAUGUCCCCAAGGAAGAAAGCAACACCUAUUAAUGAAAUGCAAAAGAAAAAUGAAGAAACGCCCAGUGCUAAUACAGCCAUAAAGAUAGCAAAUGCCUUUGCAUCUAAGGACAAUGUAACAAAUGUAUUACGAGGACUUAAAACACCGACUAAACAAAUUAUAAAGGGUUCUGGCGCUACACCGCUAAAGCACGAUGACUUGAAGGGUCUCGUGAGGAAGGAAUUAAAUUUCGAUGAAGUAAAGACGAAAUUGUCGCGCAGUGCCAAACUACAGGAAUUAAAAGCUUCGUUAUCGCGCAUACAAGAUCUGGAAAAGACUCGUAAAGCACAAGAAGAUCGUAAUCGUCGUUUACGUGAUGGCCAAAGUGUCUCGCCGUUAAAGAAGACAACACCCCUUGUGCAGCUUAAGGAAUUCGAUACGAUUGAAUUGGAAGUAUUGACUAGUCCCGCAAAAACAUUCAAGACCCCUACUAAGAUACCGCCACCAACACCAGAUAAGAAUGAGCUCAUGUCACCACGCCAUACAGAUGUGUCCAAACGCAUUCUCUUCAGCCCCGCAAAACAGGGUUCUCCGGCAAAAGUUGUGGUACCGCCAGCUUACCAGCGUUUCAUGAGCCUCGCCGAGUCAAGCAAAGCUGGUCAAUUGCCAUUGCCAUUUAAAUAUCGCAAUCUUAUUGAAGUUUUCAAGGGAGUGGACUCUGUGUGCGCUAUGUUCCACAAUCGCAAGGAGUGUAUUACUUUUAAAAAAUUAAAACCGGCUGUGCAAAGAAUGCUGCGUAAGAAUUUCACGGAAAACCAUUUGGCUCAAAUUAAGCAGAUAUAUCCCGAUGCAUUCAUUUUCUCACAAAUGAAAAUGCGUAAUUAUGGUUCCGUAUCGAAGGCGGACUAUUUCCAAUUGGUUAUUUGUCCCAAUGUCGAUGGAAACACGUCGGAGAAGGUGAAGUCUCAUAUCAUAGAGGAAGCUGAUGUUGCCGAUAACAUUUUGAAUGCCGCUCAAACAUGUAUUAUGAAUCCACAAGUUAUGACUGAACGUUUGCAGCGUUUUACAAAUACGCUCAUACAACGCGUUCUAAAUGAGCACGAAAAGUUCUUGCAUACACUUGAUCCCCCAAUUAGCAUACCCAAGUCUAAAGUGACACGUUGGCAUCCAGAUUUCGAUUUAGAAAAUUGUCCCGAUAUUGAAUGCGCCCAUUUACCACAACCACCAAAUGUGGAGAAGUAUUCUUCGGCGCGUGAUAUAUUGUCUACGGCACGCAAUCUAUUUAAUUGUGCAACGCCAAUGGAGCGAGCUCUAGAACGUUACAAAGUUAAGAUGGAGGCAGCACGGGUGGCGGAAGAGAAUGCAAAUAAUGCAUCUAAAGUCAUUUCUACGACUAUCACAAAAGGAGAGACAUGUAUGAGUAAAGAUAAAAUGGCGACACCUGUCAAAUCCGGAGCCCCGGCCACAGUGUCAACUGCCAAUUCAACACUGACAGCAACUCCAGCCCCGACACCUGCUGUGGUUAGCCAGAACCCACCAGCUACUGCAAAUGAUGUCACCUCUAAUUUAUUGAAAGGUGUACCUAAAUCAUUGUUAGAGAAAAUACGCGCCAAGCAAGCGGCCAAAGCGCUAGAUGCUAUGACAAGGCGACCCUCACAGGAUCAGGAAGCCACUAUGUAUUCCCGUCUACCGGAAUUAGCACGCCAUUUACGCAACGUUUUUAUUACCGAGCGGAAGGGUGUGCUUAUGUUGGAGAUCGUUAUCAAGAAAAUACAAAACAGUUAUCGUGCGUGUUUGACGGCUCAAGAAUUGGAAGCUCACUUGAAACUUAUGACCAAAGAGGUGGGUGCCUGGGUCUCCUUCCACGAGGUACGCAAGACAAUGUACCUUAAAAUAGCGCGGGAAAUGGAAUUGAAGAAAGUAAUUGCAAAAUUGGAAGAAGUAGCAAAUGAGAAGAGCAAAUAAUUUAGAUUGGAAGAAAAAAAAUAUGUUAAAUUAUUAUGCAAACAAAUUUAUGUACUUGCAAUUUAUUAAUAUUAUGAAGUUAUGUAUUUAACUGCCAACUUAAUUUUUUGAGAUCAUACACAUAAACAUUUAGACAACGCUUGUCUGAAAUUAUUAUACAAAUUAUUUAGAAUUAAAUUACCAUUUUUGUUAACAUAAAUUUAUAAUUCUACAAUGCAAAGUGGAUAACAGUUCUUUAAAAAGUUCACUUUAAUUUUGCCCAAGAAUGUAUUGUCUUAUUACAAAAUACAUAUAUGUAUCACUAGAUUUAAAUCUGAAAACAAA